AUCUUGUAUUGCCGGUUGUUACUCCAAGCUGGUUAAAUACUGCUAUUUGUAUGCUUCUUUCUACUCAAACUUAUGGAAUGUAUUAUAAUUGUCCUCCAAUAUUGCCAACAAAUAUACCAAUUAUUCUUGAUUUGAUAAGAACUUUUCUUGAUGAUUGGUGCAAAUCAACAACACGAACUAAUCAAAUGUCAAAAGUUACGUUCAACUUACCAAAUACUGAUCAACCUAAAGAACCAAAUGAACAAUCAAUGUAUAUACUUGAAAAUAUUCUUAUUCCACUUCUUCAUUGUAAUAUUAUUGGAUAUAAAGUAUAUGUAUGUCAUUCAUGUAAAAGUGAAACAAAGGUACGGGUGAUUAUUAUACAUAUUCCAGUUAAUAUUAGUAAAACUGGUCUGUACAUCGAACAUGAACUACUUACAUUUUUCGGUCCUAUGACAUCGGAUGUAUUAUGUUCAGCAUGUGGCAAAUCAACUGUUCGGCAUAUAGAAGUGAUCCAAUGGCCACAGGUUCUCAUCAUAAAUAUUACUGAUCCAAAAGCAACUUUUCGGUACAGAAGACCUCCAGCCGUUAUAUCUGUAUCUGAAUUCUCUCACUGGAUUGCUAUUGGUGCUCCAUCUUCUACAUUAUAUGAUUUAAUUACCUUUAACAGUGUUUUAGGUGUGGGUGAUAAAAAUGUUAUGAUACGAGUGACAAAAACUAAAAAAAAUUGGACUACCAGUGUUAAUAAAAAAAUAAUUGGCAAUGGAGAACAAUUACGUCUUCUAUAUGGAUCCAGUCGUAUUUUAAUAUUUGAACGCAUUUUUCACCAGACAAAAUUUAACAUGGUGUAUGCUAUGGCUCGAUGUUCAUCUGAUGCUUCGUCAUUAGAAUUUCCUGAUGUGUCAAUAUCUCUUACACUUCAAGAAGCAUGUCAAAUAAUUGAAACUAAUCCUGAUCUUAAUGAAUUAAAAGAAACUCUCAUCUCUGAUAUUUCUACUUACUUUUAUUGUCCUUUAUGCCGUCAAACACCGAAUUCACUCGUAUCAUCACAUCAUCAAAUUUUUAUUUUUAAACUUACUGUAAACAAUCAAUUAGUGGCUCAUCGAGUCAUUUCGAAAGACAAUGAUGAUUUAACAGAUGAUGAACGAUCUUGUGAAAAUUGUAAAUAUUCCAUCAAAAAUAUUGAUUUACCAGUAUAUAAACAAAUCUUUCACAAAUGUCCUAUUGUAUUAUUGGUUCCAACAGCAGCACCACCAUCAUCAAUGAAAAUACUAUCGAGAGAUACAGUGAAUGGUACUGAACGGAUCACGGUACAGGAUGGUGAAAAAAGUCUUUCUUUGGCCAUGUCACACCGAGUCAAUAUUCGAACUGUUACCGGAAAUAAACAUAGUCCAUUGCUACUAAGUAAAUUUCAACGUGUACAAAAUCGAGCUGCAGCUAUCUGGGAUGCAUGGAAUGAAGAUGGACGUGGUCUUGCUUUGGAAUUAGUGUCUCAUCUACACAGAAUCUCAGCCGAACAAAUCUAUUAUGAUAUUUAUGGAAAUCCAUCAGAUGUUGAUAAACGAUUUGGUAUUGAAGAUUCGACGAAAUUGGAACG